AUGAAGAAUGCAGAUCUCAACAAGUUCAUCACAACAAAAAAGAGACUAUCUAUAUACAAAAACUUUGAAAGGUCUAGACGCAUAGAGGUAGCAAAAAUGGCGGAUUCCACGAACCGAACGGAUCAGAUGAUCGUAUGCUACGCUCCAACGAUGAUCACAACGAAUGGAAUUUGGCAAGGCGAUAACCCUCUCGAUUAUUCCCUCCCCCUCUUCAUCCUACAGCUAACCCUCGUCGUUGUCACCACCCGUAUCCUUGUCUUCGCCCUCAAACCCCUCCGUCAGCCCCGUGUCAUCUCCGAGAUCCUUGGUGGUAUAAUCCUAGGGCCGUCCGUACUGGGAAGAAGCAAGAAGUUCGCAGACACGAUAUUCCCACUAAGGAGUGUCAUGGUUCUCGAAACCAUGGCGAAUGUAGGCCUACUCUACUUCCUCUUCUUGAUCGGGGUGGAAAUGGACAUCACUGUGAUCAAGCGCACUGGUAAGAAGGCGCUGGUCAUCGCGAUCGCAGGCAUGAUCCUCCCAUUCCUCAUAGGCGUCUCCUUUGCUUUCGUUCUGCACGAGAAGUCCGAGUUUGUGAGGCUAGGCACGUUCAUACUCUUCCUCGGGGUGGCCCUCUCUGUCACGUCUUUCCCUGUUCUGGCUCGCAUCCUCGCAGAGCUCAAGCUUCUCAACUCAGAGAUUGGGAGGCUGGCUAUGUCGUCGGCUCUAAUCAACGACAUGUGCGCGUGGAUUCUGCUAGCCUUUGCCAUCGCCUUAGCAGAGAACGAGGCUGCGUCUCUGGCUUCCCUCUGGGUGAUUCUGUCGAGUGUGAUGUUUGUUGUUUUCUGUGUGUGUGUUGUGAGGCCUCUCAUUUGCCGGAUGAUAGGGAACUCACCGGAGGGGGAAUCCGUUAGUGAAUUCUACAUCUGCCUCAUACUCACCGGAGUGAUGAUCUCGGGUUUCAUUACUGAUGCUCUUGGCACACACUCUGUGUUCGGUGCUUUUGUUUUUGGUUUAGUCAUCCCAAAUGGGCCUCUUGGUAUAACUCUUAUAGAGAGGUUGGAGGAUUUCGUCUCCGGCCUUCUCUUGCCCCUAUUUUUCGCCAUCAGCGGCCUCAAAACCGACGUCUCUUCUAUAAAAGAUUUCAGCACUUGGGCUAUUCUAGCUGUCGUUAUCGUUCUUGCCUGUGCCGGUAAAGUUGCAGGCACGCUUCUUGUCACUCUCUACUACAAGAUCCCGUUCUACGAAGGCCUCACGCUCGGUUUGCUCAUGAACGCCAAAGGUCUAAUCGAGAUGAUCGUGCUCAAUGUCGGAAAAGAUCAGAAGGUUCUGGACGACCAAGCAUUCGCUAUUAUGGUGAUUGUAGCAACCGUGAUGACGUCCGUCAUCAGUCCAAUCGUGACAUCCAUAUACAAACCUGCCAAGAAAUUCGCACCGUACAAGAGAAGGACCAUACAGAGAACGAAACCAGAUGGCGAGUUCCGUGUCCUGGUGUGCGUGCACACUCCCAGAAACGUCCCGACCAUCAUCAAUCUUCUAGAAGCUUCCAACCCGACCAAGAAGUCCCCAAUCUGCACGUACGUCCUCCACCUAGUCGAGCUGACUGGCCGCUCCUCGGCCAUGCUCAUAGUCCACACAGCCCGAAAAUCCGGUCGGCCUGCCCUGAACCGAACCCAGGCCCAGUCCGACCACAUCAUCCACGCCUUCGAAAACUUCCAGCAGAACGUAGGGUUCGUAUCGGUCAAUCCCCUUACCGCCAUCUCGCCUUACUCGACAAUGCACGAGGACAUAUGCGAGGUGGCGGAGGACAAGCGCGUUGCUCUGGUCAUCAUCCCCUUCCACAAGCAGCAGACGGUUGAUGGUGGGAUGGAGGCCACGAACCCGGCCUUCCGCACCAUCAACCAGAACGUGCUGGCAAACGCGCCAUGCUCAAUAGGGAUCCUGGUCGACCGGGGCCUCACCGGGUCGAACAGGCUGGCCGCCAACCAGAUCGCCCAUCACGUGGCGGUUCUGUUCUUUGGCGGCCCAGACGACCGGGAGGCGCUGGCGUACGCCUCCCGGAUAUUGGAGCACCCAGGGAUAAACCUCACGGUGCUCCGGUUCACGCCAGGGGAGGGCGGCGACGCCGCGGGGCGGGCGCAGAGUGGGCGGGAGGUCCUGACGGUGGACACGGACAACGAUCGGGAGAAGCAGAUGGAUGCGGAGUUUAUCAACCAGUUUAGAGCGAAGACUUCGAGCGAUCCUUCAGUUACUUACACGGAGAAGUUUGUGAACAAUGGGGAGGAGACGGUGGCGGCGAUAAGGUCGAUAGAUGUGAUUCAUGACCUGUUUAUAGUGGGGAGAGGGGAGGGGCAGACGUCGCCGCUGACGGCGGGGCUGACGGAUUGGAGCGAGUGCCCGGAGCUAGGGGCGAUUGGGGAUUUGCUUGCGUCGUCGGAUUUCGCGGCCACGUGUUCGGUGCUGGUGAUGCAGCAGUAUGUGGGGGCGGAGGUGUUUGGGGAGGCGGCGGCGGGGACACCGGAUAGUCCCGGUCAGCUCCAUGAUCGGCCGUUUGAUUUGGGGCGGCGGACCUCGCCGAGGGGGCUUACGCAGCCGUGAUGGCUGGCUAGCUGUGUAAUCAGAAUGAAGUUUUUCAUGGAUUCUUGU